CCCCGGGUCAUCUUCAACUUCGAGGGCUAGGGUUUGGAAGAGCGUCAUCUGACUCUCCUGGGCUCCCGGUCGCUCAAUGGUCCCGACUUCGGCCUCACAUCACCCUUUCUCUGAGGCUCUGAGGGAGAAGAGGAAGAUCCCCUCCUUGAUCUCCAGUUUCUUGCCCUCAAAUCGAAGGUCUAUGGAGGAGAUUGGCUCCAUGGUAGCUACGUUCAUUACCAUCAUCGGUGGUGGCUGCGAAACACUGGUUCGAUACCCAGGCACUGGUCAAUAUGACAAAUUCUUUGGUGAGGGCAUAUAUGAAUGCGCUGGUUGUGCGACCCCACUUUACAAAUCCACUGCCAAGUUCAAUUCUGGGUGUGGCUGGCCAGCUUUCUACGAUGGUCUUCCCAGAGCCAUAAAUCGCUCGGGAGUAAUCAUCAGCAAAGUUACUGCCUCUGAAAUCUCCAUCAGUUUUCCUACUUUCAGCAUCAGUCUCGGAAAUACAUUGCGCCAAUAACAUGGUUGACCUGUCAUUAUUUAUAGACAAAGACACGGCUAUGUUCUGUUUACUUCUAUCCCUUUUUUCUAGGGAGUAAUCACCAGCAAAGUUACUUCCAUCAGUUUUCCUACUUUCAGCAUCAGUCUCAGAAGCACAACCAUCUUCAAGGGGCGACCCCUGGGGGUGAACAUGCAGGCAUUUGAACUGAUGAGGGUUGCUCUACCAAUGAUCUACGGCAGAUUUCAUAGAGUUCAUCAAAAGGCACUUUGCUCGAAACAUAAUGCAGUGGUUGUUGUCCUUCAGUGUCUGUCUCACAGAGGGAAUCCGUUGUGGAAGGAUCCAACACAUAAGCAACUGAGGCCUCCCGAGAUUCCAAAUUCAGUAGUCACCAAUUGCAGAUCCGCCUGAAAAUUGUAACCCAUCUUGGAAUAAUGUAAUAACAUGAACCGCGUAGCUCAAGACCUGCACCCUUCUGUACCAUUACACUAGCCUCCAUAGUAGCUAGAUCCCAAUCCAAUGACUGUGUAAGAUACUUGAUCAAGCAAUCUUCCAAGGCUAACUUCUGAUUUGGAAUCUGUGAACCCAUGUAGGAACCUUGGCUCAGAAAAGACAGGUCGUAGGAAAAAUUUGGAAGUUUGCAACCAUUUAUUGCUCUAGUGAGUGGCUCAGUUCUUGCAGGUGAGCUCCAAUGAAUGCUUGGUAAGAACAUGUCUGCUAUCAUUCUCUCUCUGCUCGAUUUCUCUAGCAGAUCAACUUCAGGACAAGGCCAACAGAUUUGGUUCAUGGAUGUUGCAGUCAGAAUCUCCUCCACCAAUCGGUCCAGGGCUUUGUUGAAAACUAAGAUGCAACAGGCUGGACCCAUUUCAGAGGCACUAUAAUUGUCAAGAACCCUCAGUGAAGAUCCCAAAUAGCUCAAGAAGUGGAGAAGGUUGUAGAGGUGAAAGUUUGCCGGACACUGUAGACCCUCAAUUUUAUCAUCAUCGAAGAAACCAAAGUGCUCUUUAUCAACCAGGAAAACAACUGAAAACAAGUUUACCCUUGUUUUGUCUGCAUCAUGAAGACCAAGUCUCUUAAUUAUUAUGGCUGAGGGAUCAGCAGUCUCUUUUUUGUAUGCAUCACCAACUACUAUCAAAACAGGUAGGCUUGAUCCAGAAGGUACAGACAUUAAAAGGUGCUGAAGCCGAGCCCUUUGAAUUUCCCAUGGAAUGCUUUCUGAUACCAGAAAUAUAAUGCAUCUUGCACCAUCAAAAAUAUCAUCAUAAGCAAAUGGCUGCUUAUGGACAAACAUUGCCUCCCUAAUGACAGAUAAACAGCAGGCUUCUGAAGAACUAUUCUGUUGACCCAUUUCCUUGAAGAACUAUUUCUGUUGAUCCAUUUCUUCCAUAUUGACAAGUGAGAUGAUGAAGCCAUCAGUUGAUCAUUUUCUUUACCAGACCCCAUGAGUUUUGAGAGCAACCAUCUUGAAGCAAAAGAUUGGUUUGACCCAUUGUGACAGUUCCCUGUGUCCAGACAAGCAACUUCCAGCAAAGGCAUCUGGUAUCAGGAUUUUUUGCACUUAAAAUUGGUGCAACCAUUGGUGAGACAUUCAGUGUUGACCAUGAUUUUCGAUAUCUUGCAUCUCUCUCUCGCCAUGUAAUCAAUGUUGUGCUUGUUUCUGGCUUGUCGUGAUGGCUUCCUUAAAAGAUAAUGUAAAAUAAGGAGCUUAAUUUAACAUAAUAUAUAACUUUACAAAUAAUUUGUGGAGAUCAGAGACAAAUCAGGGAGGUAGCUAACUUCUUUAAUUUGUCAUUCUGGUGGUCUGUCUUCUUCAAUUUGUAGUUCUGGUGGUCUUAUUUGUUCAAUUUGUUGUUCUGGUGGUCCUAAUGAGAGUGAACUCAAUGAAUUCACAAGGAACUCUAUUUGUUCUCUGUUUUUCCUCCACAAGGAUGUUAUCUGCUUCCAUUUUCUGGUAGCUAAUGACGUAAAGCAUAACUGUUAACUCCUGUUUUUAAAACCUGAGUCGUUGAGAGGG